ACAUCACACACACCUUACUCCUGCUGGACCAGACCGUGUCCUGCUACAACCAGGUGGUGGGCGGGGCCAUGGAGGCGGAGCUUCCACUGAUCCAGAAGCAGCUGCAGCAGCUGAAUGACACUCUGAGUGAACUGCAGAACAAGACGUGGAUCUAUAAAGGUAUGCAGCAGCAGAGCCAGCAGGUGUUGGCCGUUCAUUCAAGCAUCACAGAAGCUCGAGCCAACAUGGACGCCAUGAGAAGCAUUACACAGGGGUGGGCGGAGCUUGACCUUCUGCUGCGUUCAGAUGAUUCUCUGCUGCAGAGCAGCGUCAACGAUCACACCUGCAGCGGCAUCAAGGCAGACGGGGAGCAGCUGCUCACCCUGACACAGGUAAACAGGGAUCUGUACAGAGCUGAGGAGGCUUCUGAGGCCUGGACCGGGUACCUGGACUACAUCGACGACCGAGUCCAAGACGGCCUGCUGCAGCUGCUGCAUAGAGCCCUGCGCUUCCUGACCGACAGCAUGAACACACAGAGUGGUGGCGCCGCCCUGCUGGCCGUCUCUCUGCAACUGCGGGACUCCAGAGGACUCGUGUUUGAGCCGUCGAUCGACGACGGCCCCACCGCCUUCCUGAAAACCAUCAUCAGGGAUGUUUACGGCGCCGGCGCUCUGGUUCCCAGGAUCUCUGUCAGUCGCCACGGUGACUACCAGGAGAGCCUGCGGCAAAACCCGGAGCUGUGCGCUCUGGAACAGGAAGUGAUGGCCAGGUUGCUGCAGAUGAAGGAGGAGGCGGAGAAGCUGAGGGCGGAGCUGAACAGGUACGCUCACCUGUGGCUCAGUGACAAGCGGGCCGUGUUCCAGGAGUUCCUGGACUACGGCAAGCCGCUGGCAGUCGGAGAGGUUGAGGCUGAGAAGAACCCGCCGAGCCUGAAGGACUUCCAGAGAGAGAUCCAGGUGCUGCUGACCGUCAGCUCAGAGGUGUCUCACCUGGAUGAGGGCUUGGUGCUGCAGGGCUGGUGCAGGUGGACAUGCGUCCCUUCAUCACCUCCCUGCUGUCCAUCAUCCUGGACUGGAAAGACAUGUACACCGACUUCCUGCUGGAGUCGGCCACCAACAGCCUCCAGCAGGAGACCCAACCCAAAGACCGAGGCUCCACCUCCUUCGACCUGACGGACACCAUCCUGCUGCUGGAGGCUGCCGGGGUGGAGCUGCCCGAACACCUGGCCGCCAAGCUGCAGUGAGCGGCCAGCGCCUGACGUUCCUCCAGCCACCACCAGGGGCGGCGCAGAGACUCAAUAAAAA